ACAUAAAUAAUGCAUAAUGCGGUUGAUGUCAGACUGCAAGUCAGACUCGCUUUGUAUAGCACGGAAAAGUUCAGUCCACACUUCCAGCAUCCAUAAAGACUGAUGAUCAUUACAAAGAGAAGAUGAUGCACUAAAGCGUCGCGUUAAAUCUGAGUGAUGGGGAAGUAUUUCUUCAGUGAGACAGACAUCAGGAGCACGUGGGAGCAGGUUCUGUCUGCGUUCUGGCAGAGAUACCCGAAUCCAUACAGUACUCAUGUUUUGACAGAAGAUGUGAUCUUUCGUGAGGUGACUCCAGAUAACGUUCUCCUUUCCCGACGUCUCUUCACAAAGACCAAUCGGCUGCCUCGGUGGGCGGAGCUAAUCUUCCCCGGCAACCUAUCACGGUCUGUUUACAUUGUAGAAGACUCUGUUGUCGACCCCAGCAACAGACAGCUCACUACGCUAACCUGGAACUUAAACCAUUCCAAAUUAAUGACAGUGGUGGAGCGAUGUGUGUUUCAUGGUGUGGAGGAGACCUCUGUAUGGACUCAUCUCACAAGAGAAGCCUGGAUCUCAUCAGGAGUGUUUGGUCUGUCCAGGCCUAUACAGGAGUUUGGCUUGUCCAGGUUCAGGAGUAAUCAGAUAAAGUCUAUGAAGGGUCUUGAACAUGCGCUGUCUAAACUACAGAAAUCAGCAGCUCAGGGUCACAAUGCCGACGCGUCUAAAGAUUCCCCGAAGAAGACAGAGAACCUGACGGCUUCUACCGGUUCACAAAAGCCGCAACAAUAUGCCUGAAAAAUCCUUUUCUCAUCUCCAGCAAACUCAAAGGUUUUAAUGAUGUGUUAAUGUCCAAGAAAUAAACCUUUAACCUUCAGCUACAUGUGGAGCAAAUAGGAAAGUGAGUGGAGUAGGAAAGUGAAUAGUAAUGAAGUGAAGGGAAAGGACGAUAAUCUAGGGUUAGUGGUCUAAUAAAGUGCUGUGAGCUGAGAAACUGACCAACAUUAAGAUUAGAUUGAGAAGACAUAAGUUAUUUAUCUUAGUGAGGAUUGUUAAACCAUCGCAGGAUGUUCACUCUUCCCAUUUAUAGUAAAAAAAAGUCCUGAAAGCUUUAAGUGAAAGUGCUGUGUGUCCUCACGAAUGCCCUUGACCUCAUCUCUCAUCUUCACUGGGUUCAUACGGCACGUUUAACUAUUUAUUCCCAAACGAUGUGUGAAAGCAGGAGAGAAAAAUCUAAAUGAUUCCGUCAUGUUGCACUAUUUGCUGGAUGAAACCUCAGGGACAGACGUGACUUCAUGCUGUUUAUUUCUCACAGGCUCAAGCUUCCUGUGUUUUUAGCCUUUUCUUAAAAAUGAUCUGAAUAUUAUGCAGAUUGUGAGCAUGUAUCAUAUCGCCGGUUUUUAAUGUCAUAUUAUCUUUUAUGCAUUAUGUGGUUGAGAAAACAUUUUCAAUUCAUUCCAUAAUCUCAGUUAGUUUCAUGAGUUUUGUUUGUGAAGUAAAGAGGUUACCGAAGUAUAUGUACAUAACCAUUUAUACUGUAAAAUAACACUGUUUUUGAAUCUGUAUUUAAAUUCGCUGCCUGUUUGUGAUCACUGACUUCUCAUCGUCAGUAAAAUGAUUAUUUACAAUCUGUGAUAUGAAAAGUAAACAAUAAACACCUGGUUUAAAACAGGUCAGUUCCUGGUCUGAC